AUCCCUAGCGACUCCGAACCCGGAAACCCGUCGCCGCCGGAGCGAUCCUGUAAGCCGGCGAUCUCUGCCGCCUUUAGAUUCCCUCAAUCGGCCGUGGUAAUCACUGUUGCAAUCAACCUCCAUUCGUCUCCUUUCGGUGAUCUCGAACGUCCGCCUUGAUCAAUGUGAUUAUCGUUGUCGUUGUCGAGAUUCGAUCGUCGUCGCUUAGGCUUCCGGUUCUAGUAGAAUUUCUCUCCUCUUGUCCCUCUCACCAUGACUACCGCUUUUAUUUUUCUCUUAUUUUGCAGUACUGCCCAACAAUCAUGAUCUGCUAUGCCGUCAGUGGAAGAGAGGGAGAGGAGCGAGCCGGAGGGCCAAGUAAUCCAUGGCGUAGUCGGAUGAGAACGAAUGAAGUCGCAGGAAAUGGAUUAUGGGGUAUACUAGCUUCAAUGGAAAAAGGAAUAACCAGUCUUGUUCUGGAGAAAUCCGUUAAGCUAUGAUAAGCAGGAGCAGCAAUUGGGUUUUUUCAGCAAUGGCUGGCAUGCAUUCAACCUGUUCCUUUGUGAGAGUAUGCUCUAGAUUCGAGAUAUCUGGUUUAAGAGUGAUAAGGCAGAAGUAACUUCAUGCAGACACCCCUCUUUCAUCUAAUUUGAGAGGAAUUUGAAGACUAGGUAACGUGAUCACUUUCAAGAGAUUGACUACCGGGAGAAGAAAGAAAAGAUAUUUCGUCUCUGGAUCUUCUGAAUUUGAAGGCCAUGUUUGAAGCACCUCCUGCAAAGAACGUGGAGAUGACGGAGCUUCCAUCGGACCUCUUCAUGGAGAUACUAUCAUGGAUCCCGGCCAGGGCCCUCUUGAAACUCCGGUGUGUGUGCAAAUGCUGGUAUUCCAUAACAACAGACCUUGACUUCGUCCGACUGCAUCAGCAACAACAGCAACUCCUCCCUGAAGUUACUUCCAUCCUCACAUUUCACCGACACUUUACCAACCUUACAUCUCUCUUGUCGCGCCUGGAUGUAGUUGAUGCACCGUGGGUUGCAAAGCAUGUCGCCGUCUGGCACAGCCGCCCACUGCUGGUCAUGUCACCUCCUUGCCAUGGAUUAUUUUGCCUCUACCACAUCUACAUGAAAUUGGAUGUUUGCUUGUACAACCCCGCCACCUGCAAAAGCUUCUCCUUACCGCAUGGUUUUUCCGGUGUAAAUAUAAUUCUUUCAUACUUUUGCUUAGGAUAUCAUCCGGGUUCAAGACAGUACAAAGUUAUCCAUACGUUCUGCACCCGAUCGACCUCGUUGGCUAUGGAAGCACUCACUGUUGGUGGAAGUACAUGGAGGAAGGUGGAAGUGAGCAGCGCUCUUGCUAUGCUUACUUUGUUAAAUUGGGGAAUACCAAGUGCAACUGGAACUAUGUAUUGGCUUGCACAAAACAACGUCCUGGAAGACAUUAUUCUCUCUCUUGAUCUAGACAAUGAAAGGCUCACACAAGUUCCUUUUCCAGAUAUUAAACGCCAACAUGAGAGAGGUAACAACUCAUUGAUAGAGAUGGAAGGCACCAUUCAUUUGGCUAUCCAUUGGUUCGCCAUGGUAGACUGGAUGGAUAUUUGGAUGCUGCAAGAGUCGGGUGCCCACCGAGUGUGGAUUCAUAGGUUUCAUCUCCAUCUGUGUGCAUUGCCGACGGGAGUAGGCCAGGUGGAGAGAGUUUUACGACCUCCUAUGCCUCUUCUCAUAAACCAGGGCAAGAUUCUGAUACGUGACUAUCGAAGAUUAGUUUACUAUGAUCUGGUGAGCAAGGGCUUGCAGCAUGAGGAGGUUUUUCAUGCUUGUGAUGAUUUCAUUGCUUUUGUCAUCGUUGAAAGCCUUGUUUCAUUUUAGAAUUUGAUGCAUGACCAUUCUUAGCGCAUAGCUAUCUCUUGCUAGGGGUCCCUAUUGAUUCAUUUUCUUGGAAGUUCUUGCUAUGAAUCGGUUGCUGAAUUAAUUAUGAUGUUUUUUAUUGAUUUAAUUGAUAAGUAUAUGGAUCAUGCAAAUUUCUGGAUCA